AAAUUAAACAUUUUUUCUUCAUAACACCGGAAGUAAACUGCGGCCUCGGGUUUAUUUUGACAGCUGUGUUUCCAGGGCAACCGUAAACGGACGCCCAAGGAGACAUGGCGGAACUCCUGCAGAUUCAAUGCGUGCUCGAAGAGUUCCGAAAGCUACAGUUCUACAAAUCAAGGUUAGAAGAGGCAACUAGACAGCAGGAAUACAGAGCUGCUCUCCGCAUUCAGAGCUGGUUCCGAGGAUACAGGGUGCGCUUUUACAUCAGGCAUCUGCACGAGAAGGCGGUCAUUAUACAGAAGAUAUGGCGAGGCUUCAGAGCAAGGGCACGUUGCAGACAAAUGGUGAUGGAAGCAUAUUUUGUCAUGAAGAUGAAUUUCUACAACGAGAUGGCGAUCAGGAUCCAGCGAAGGUGGCGAGGAUUCUACGUGCGAAAGUACAUCCAUAGCUUCUAUUCACGCAAGAGCUAUCUGGAAAGAAUAUCCAGAACAAAUGAAUUAGUAAGGGGAGAGAUGGAUCAACUUGAAGAGCUCCAGAAGAAAGAGAGAGUCUGUCUGAAAAAAGUGAAGGAACAGAAAGCCAAACUCUAUCAAGCUUACAGGUGGCACCACCUACUCAGCACCAAACGGUGCCCAGGGGUCUUCAACUCUCCAUUCAGGCUGGCCCCCCAUGAGAUGGAGUUACUACUGAGGCAGGUCAAGUACCAGGCCCCCACCAAGCUUGUCCCGAGGGACUGCACUCCUCUGACACCUGCAGCUCCUACACUCCCCAGUUUUCAUGAGACUGUUGAAUCCCCGAGGAGCAAAACAAGAGCUGGCUGUUCCCCCAGGCCCAUACCUUCCCGCACACCUAGCACAAAACAGCAGGUCCGGAUCAGAGACCCUGGGGAGAUGUGGGAGCCAAGUGUACAUUUUCCUGAGCUUUUCGCGGGUCUGCACAGCUCGUGCGCACACUUGGACGAGGCUCAGAAUGAUUUGCGAGCCUACAGUGGCACAAGGUGAGCUGGAGCUUAUCCCAGCUGAUUUGGGGCCGGGUACACUUUGGGCUGCUCGCCAGGCCGAGACCCGACACGUAUAGACAAACAAUCACUCACAUUCACAAAUACGGACAAAUUGAGUUUUCAGUUAAGCUAACAUACAUGUUUUGGAAUAUGGGAGGAAGCCAGAGUACCAAAACAGACCACACGCAAGUAUUGGGAGAACAUGAGCAUUCUAUUCAGGGCAGCAUGAGGUGAGGUUUAAAUCUUUGGCAUAAGAUAGACUGCAUUGUCUAAUUAGAGCCAAUAAAAGCUGUGUCGAAAUGAUCUAAUCAUACAACAAUAAUACAAGGCAUCCACAGAUCCUUAACAAAAAGUCUUAAAUUUAAUUUUCCAAAAUCAAGGCCUUUAUUUGCCUGACAGUUGACAAUUCUUAUAUGUGCCAUUCAACAGGUCUGAAAAAUGCCACAGGCAUGAACAACAGUUGCUUUAUUUUCUCAGGAAACAUUUUGUAAAGAAUGCAAAAUUAGUUUGUCUGUCAUCCAGUUUUCCAUAAAUUGUAUGUAAAUUCCUCAAAUAUUGUGUAAUUAAUUUUGAUCCAACAGCCAGUUUAACAUAGCCUUCAAAAGAGUUUGAAAAUAC